AUGGGUCAGCGGAAUAAAGUCUUAGAGACUGAUACUCCUACUGCAAAAUUCCUCUACACAAUCAUCAAGCAAUUGGACCUAAAAUCGGUCGAUUGGAACCGGGUAGCCUCCGAUGUUGAAGUCUCCAAUGGUCAUGCCGCUCGUAUGCGGUAUUCCCGCUUCCGACAACAGAUGGAAGGGACCACAGGGGCAAACAAACCAAAGCGAAAGAGCAAGAAGGCAAAGACCAUUGAACCUCCUGUUGAGAUGCAAGGCAUAUUCCCAAUGGCUCCGCCACUCGUGAUGCCCACCAUGGAGCCAAUUGACUCUUCUCUUCCGGGAAAUCCCUUUAUAAAGUGCGAGCCGGGCACUGAAGGCAACACACACUUACAGAGCCUUAUACAUCAUUCUCCGCAGUUCAUUUCGGAGACGAGUACCGAAGGACAGUAUUACUUCCCUCAGGAUUUUGCCUCGAUGCAGUUUCAGGUGGCAUCCAGCAUACCAUCUGGCAUACCAUCACCCAGUCCAACAUCAUCGUCCUUCAUGAAUCCAUACCAGUUCCCAAGCCCCCCAACCGGUUACCCUUACUCAUCACCCAGCACUCAAUCUGGCUUUGAAAUGCGGGAGUUUGGCCAAUUGCAACCUUUCAGCAAUUAUGCCCCAAUAAUUAGCUGGGAACCACGCCCCCCUUCUCACCAAGAAGGUCCAACUGUCAAAGUCGAAGAAGGACAGCAGAGUGAGGAGGGAAUACAGAGCACAGGGAACCAAGAAGUUCAGGAAGAUCAGCAUGUUGUCGUCAAAAUGGAACAGAUUUAA